AUGAUGUUUUCACAUCCCGACACUGUCAAACUCCAUUAUUACCAGUCACAUAGGCUGAUCGGUCACAUUGAGAAGAACCGCUGCCUCAUCUCCAAGGCCCAACUCGACGCCCUCCGCAAGGAGAGGCUAUCCAUGGCGGCUCGCUUGGAACAAGCGCCGGGCGAGACUCUGUCCGUCGCAAAGGAAACGUCCGCCGACUAUCUUGGCAUGGACCGGGCCCAUGGCGCCCAAGCCAAGAGCCAUGAAGAAGCCCCCAAGGAAUGCCCAUUCCCAUCCCUCAAGCACGCUUCUGCCAUGUGGAAGGCGAUCGACGAGAAGAAGGAGAGGGAGAAACGUGCCGAGAACACGACAACCUUUGUUCAAGAAGACCGGUUGUGUACGGCCACGGCCUUGACUCAGCACGCCGAGUCGCAGUCGAUCCGAUGUGGCCUUCGAAGGACCGAAGGGUUCCCCGCCUUCGUUAAUCAUCUUACCGCGGGUCUGGCCAAGGUUGACGGCGUCCACGCCGAUUAUACAACGCGGUACACCGUUUCUAGCGAGGCCGCCCGCCACUUUGAAAGCUCGGACGGAGGCCCCGCCGUCGCUAGUCGAGAGUCUCAGGAUGGAAGUUCAUACGCGGAGUCAAGUGAACUGAGUGAUUCCUGGACCAAGGUCGAGCUCGAAUGGUGA